AUGGGCUCAACCGUGGGCAUCCAUGCUGUUAGCGUCAUGCUAGAGGCUCUCAAUAGAGAUGCCCAACAUGCUACUAUCGCCAAGUUCAUUCAAAAUGAACUUGACGCAGAACGCGAGAAAGUAGCCUUGCUUCGCCAACAAGGUUCUCAACAAGCAGAGUUGUUGAGAGAACAGGGUGCUCAACAGUUUGAACUGCUGAGACAGCAGCAGGCUGCUGCCGGUGGGUCGAUGCACUCGCGUCGACCCGAAACCUUGAAGAUUGACAUCUCCAAGUAUAGGGGAGUCGAAGAGGACUCCCUCUUGAGAUGGUUCGUCGAAUUGGAUGACGCCAUAAGGGCGCGUCGCAUCGACGACGGGGAUAUGCAAGUUGCAUUUGCCCAGUCAAAUCUGGCAGGACGUGCCAAGACUUGGGCACUGGGGCUCAAGCUGCACGACCCAUACGCGUUUGGGUCGUUGGAAGUCUUCAAGUCGCGGCUCAGACAAACGUUUGAACCGCCUAGAGCUGAGUUCAGAGCUCGAACCGAACUCUUGAAGCUCAAGCAGGGUAAGCGUGAUGUGCACGCUUACGCUCAACAUAUACGACAUCUCACGAGUUGUAUAAGUUCCAAUCCGGUGGAUGAACACACGUUGGUUUCGGUGUUCAUGCAGGGUCUUGCGGAUGGUCCCGUCAACACUCACCUGUUCCGACUUAAACUAGAUUCACUAGAAUAA